CCGAGAUCCGGGACUUCAUUUCCCAGGUGGCCACGCGCGCGACCGGAAGUAUACGCGCCUAUAAGAGGACAAUGCGCCCCUAGCUUUUCGGCGCUAACGCAGCGGUGCCUGGUGGUCGAGAGUGUUGCCGAGAGUCUGUCACUGCAUCUUUCAGGAGCCUCGGGAGCAGCGGCUCCGGCGCGGGUUGGCAAGAGACGGGUCUCGGAGACCCCAGUCCCCUUGCGUCCCACUGUGGUUCAGGGAUAAGAAGACAGUCCUUCAGAUGUUAAGUGAUUUGGUCAAGGAGCCUCAGAGCCUAAGAAUUGGAGUCCAGGCCACUACUCUGUCAGCUUGUCACUAGGUAUAAAGGGCUGCCUGGUCAGAAUGGCUGUGGGAUGGUUUUACCUGUCUGUCCUGGCACUGUGCUCCCUGGGCUCGAUGUGCAUCCUCUUCACCAUCUACUGGAUGCGGUACUGGCACGGUGGCUUCGCCUGGGAUGGCAGCAUGCUCAUGUUCAACUGGCACCCGGUGCUCAUGGUUACAGGCAUGGUGGUGCUCUACAGUGCUGCAUCGCUGGUCUACCGCCUGCCCCAGUCAUGGGUAGGGCCCAGGCUGCCCUGGAAAUCCGGCCACGCAGCCAUGCACCUGCUGGCCUUCCUCCUGACUGUGCUGGGGCUGCACGCGGUCUUUGAAUUUCACAACCACGCAAAGAUCCCCCAUCUCUACUCCCUGCACAGCUGGCUGGGCAUCACCACCGUCUUCCUCUUCGCUUGCCAGUGGUUCCUGGGCUUCUCGGUCUUCCUGCUGCCCUGGGCAUCCAUGUGGCUGCGCAGCCUCCUGAAACCCAUCCACGUCUUCUUUGGAGCCUCCAUUCUCUCUCUGGCCAUUGCGUCUGUUGUUUCUGGCAUUAACGAGAAGCUUUUCUUCAGUUUGAAAAAUGGCACCAAGACAUACUCCAAGUUGCCCAGUGAGGCUGUCUUUGCAAACUGCGCUGGGAUGCUGGUGGUGGUCUUCGGGCUGCUGGUGCUCUAUAUCCUGCUGGCUUCAUCUUGGAAACGCCCAGAGCCAGGGAUGCAGGCUGAGAGAGAGGCUCUGUUGCGUGGCGGGGAGUGAAGCAGGAAGGGGCUCCCAGGAGCAGUCUGUGUGCAGUCUAAACUCCUUCCCGAAGCUCUGCUCUCGCUGGUUGUGGGCCCCGGUCUCCCCUUGCCUCUGGGUGGGCCUGCUCUUCCAUAGCCUGCCCACGUGCUUUCCUUGGUGGCUUUGGCUUCUCUGUCCCUUCUUGGCAUUGACUUCUCAGGUCAUCUGUUUACCCCUGGCCUCCUUGCCCUGGCUGCUCAUGCUGUUGCUGCUUGUAUGAAGUCAAGUUCGCUUCCCCUUAUACCCCUAAGGAUGUGGUAGGGAAUCCUGAGGACUCAGAUAAGCUGGGAAUUGAGUGCCAUCCACAUUGUGAAGAGUGGGGGAGCCAGGGCUUCCGUUGGCCUUCCCCCGAAGUUGAGGCUGCUGCCCCGGCCAGGCUGCAUCUGCUCUUGUAACCUCCCAUCCAGCCCACCAGGACACGAGGCUGGGUGGGAACGCCAGAGGUGAUGCUGGAAGGACAGCGGGGACUGGCAGAGCCGCUUCUGCAGAAGAGAAGCUGAGGGCUGGCUGCUUGCUACUCAUUUUCCGUUGCUGCCUUCUGUGUCUACGUGUUCUACGUGCCCUGCUAGCUGCUGCUGCAACUGGGCCCUGGAUCCUGGCUCAUCCCUGUGACUGACAUGCCCGUCACUGCCGCACAGCCCUACAUGACCUGCUCUUCUGAGAAGAGCUUGUCCAGCUGUCCCUUGAAGUAGCAGACCUCCUUCCUUUUUCCUUACUGGGUCCAAGCUCGGCUGCCUGUCCCCAGGUGGGAUCAACCUUGCGCUGUCACCAGGGCCCUUGCCCAGCCAUCUUCACUCUGCUGCUCACCAUGAAACGUGCCAACGUUGUGGUGCACUGUACCCAGCAGAGCCCUGGGAGCCAUGGCCACCCCCAGGGGCAUCCCUUGCUGAGCAUCCAAGUGCCUCACUUGCCCCUCCCACCCCUCCAUGGCUGCUUGCCUAGCAGACAAGUCUCUGGUGUGACACAAGUGUGAGGUGUUGCUUUUCUCCCAGUGAGAGACUGGGGUGGCACUGCCCUCUGCACACAGGCCCUGCCAGGUCCCAGGCUCCAUGCUGCUGUGCCUAGGUGACAAGCAGCAGGACACCUGGUGUCCUGAUUUCUGGCAGGUGGCAACAAAGCUGACUGUCCACCCCACCCCACGUGGCCAGAUGCUGGCCCAAGGGCUUUGACUGAACCUCCCAAGCGGCUGAGACCCUCCAAAGGCACUGGGAUGACUGCCAGGCACUCUGGUCACAAGACCAGCUCUCCCUUUUCUCCACCUGGGUAGGCGUUUGACUUAUGAGGCUUGAUUUUCAUUAAAUGUGUUUUUAAGAAUCAAA